GCUUCUGGAACGGUCGUUGUGGGAGGCCGGGAGGGCCGUGCCCUAAAGGCUUUGCCACCAUUGGAGUCAGGCAGUUGAGGCAGCUCUUGGGCACCGAGGAUGUUGCGCAAGCUCACGGUCGACCAGAUAAAUGACUGGUUCACCAUAGGCAAGACGGUGACCAAUGUGGAGCUGCUGGGCUUGCCGCCUGCCUUCCCUGCGGAGGCGCCCCGGGAGGAGGUCCAGCGCUCGGAGGAGGUCCCCAGCGAGGCCCCUACGGCCCAGGCCCAGGAUCCAGUUAAGGCCACAGCACUGGCCAGACCAGCUUCAGCCUUUGGAAGGUCGCUCAGCCAGAGGAGCUCAGAAGUAGAGUAUAUUAACAAAUACAGACAGCUUGAAGCACAAGAACUUGAUAUUUAUGGCCAAGAUCAGCCACCCAGUGGGCCAGGUCUGAGGUCACCAUUGGCUAAGAUAAGUAAUGUGGCAUGCAUCCCAGAGACAACUUACAAAUAUCCUGAUUUGCCUAUAAAUCGGUGUAAAGAAGAGGUUAUUUCCUUGAUAGAAAGCAAUUCUGUGGUGAUCAUACACGGUGCCACAGGGAGCGGCAAGAGCACACAGCUUCCACAGUACGUCCUGGACCACUACACACAGCGCUCUGCCUUCUGCAACAUCGUAGUCACCCAGCCACGGAAAAUAGGGGCCAGCAGCAUUGCCAGGUGGAUCAGUAAGGAGCGCUCCUGGACUCUGGGUGGCUUGGUAGGCUAUCAGGUAGGGCUGGAGAAAACAGCAACAGAAGACACUCGGCUGAUUUACAUGACCACUGGAGUCCUGCUUCAGAAGAUCGUUAGUGCCAAGAGCUUGAUGGAGUUCACGCACGUCUUCAUUGAUGAGGUGCACGAACGAACUGAAGAGAUGGAUUUCCUGCUCUUGGUAGUCCGUAAACUCCUGAGGACAAACUCACGUUUUGUGAAGGUGAUCCUCAUGUCUGCCACCAUCAACUGCAAGCAGUUUGCAGACUACUUUGCUGUUCCUGUUCAGAACAAGAUGAACCCUGCAUAUGUGUUUGAGGUGGAAGGCAAGCCCCACACUAUCGAACAGUAUUACCUUAAUGAUUUGGGGCACAUUUAUCACAGUGGGCUCCCCCCCUACCGUCUGGAGGAGCCAGUGAUAACGAAGGACGUCUAUGAAGUUGCCGUCUCCCUCAUCCAGAUGUUCGAUGACCUGGACAUGAAGGAGAGUGGGAACAAGACCUGGUCCGGGGCCCAGUUUGUGUCGGAGCGGAGCAGCGUGCUGGUGUUUCUGCCAGGUCUGGGUGAGAUCAAUUAUAUGCAUGAGCUUCUCACAAACAUGAUUCACAAAAGGUUACAGGUCUAUCCACUCCAUUCCAGUGUGACUUUAGAAGAACAGAAUAAUGUAUUUUUAAGUCCAGUCCCUGGGUACAGAAAGAUUAUCCUGUCAACCAACAUUGCAGAGAGUUCUGUCACAGUUCCUGAUGUCAAAUAUGUUAUAGAUUUUUGCCUGACCCGAACUCUGGUUUGUGAUGAAGAUACAAAUUAUCAGAGUCUGCGGCUAAGCUGGGCCUCGAAGACCAGCUGUGACCAGAGAAAAGGCCGUGCUGGACGAGUGUCUAAAGGAUAUUGCUACAGGCUGAUCCACAGGGACUUCUGGGACAGCGCCAUCCCUGACCACGUUGUUCCUGAGAUGUUGCGCUGUCCGCUGGGAAGCACCGUAUUGAAGGUGAAGUUGCUCGACAUGGGUGAACCUAGAGCUCUGCUGGCAACCGCGCUGUCUCCACCCAGCCUGAGUGACAUCGAGCGCACCAUUCUUCUGUUGAAGGAGGUUGGAGCACUGGCAGUUAGUGGGCAGAGAGAGGACGAAAACCCUCAUGAUGGUGAAUUGACCUUCCUGGGAAGAGUGCUGGCACAGCUCCCUGUCAGUCAGCAGCUGGGUAAACUCAUUGUGCUGGGACAUGUAUUUGGGUGCCUGGAUGAGUGUCUCAUCAUAGCGGCAGCUCUUUCUCUGAAGAACUUUUUCACGAUGCCUUUUCGACAGCAUCUGGAUGGAUAUAGGAACAAAGUGCACUUCUCAGGAAGUAGCAGGAGUGACUGCCUGGCACUUGUGGAGGCGUUCAGGGCCUGGCAGGCUUGCAGACAGCGAGGAGAGCUGCGGCAUCCCAAGGAUGAACUUGACUGGGGACGGCUGAAUUACAUUCAAAUAAAGAGAAUCAGAGAGGUGGCUGAGUUAUAUGAAGAAUUGAAGAAUAGAAUCUCACAGUUCAACAUGUUUGUGGAUCCUCGCCAUCCUGUCUUGGAUCAGGAGUAUCCAUAUAAGCAGCGCUUCAUCCUGCAGGUUGUACUAGCUGGUGCUUUUUAUCCGAAUUACUUUACUUUUGGACAGCCAGACGAGGAGAUGGCAGUAAGGGAGCUGGCAGGCAGAGACCCAAAGACAACAGUCGUGCUGAAGCACAUCCCCCCCUAUGGAUUUCUUUACUACAAGCAACUGCAGUCUCUCUUCAGACAGUGCGGUCAAGUCAAAUCCAUUGUGUUUGAUGGCGCAAAAGCCUUUGUGGAGUUUUCACGGAAUCCGACAGAAAGAUUUAAGACCCUCCCUGCUGUGAACUUGGCAGUCAAGAUGUCCCAGUUAAAAGUGUCCCUUGAGCUCAGUAUCCAUGCCGCAGAGGAGAUCGAGGGGAAGGUGCAAGGCGGGUCGGUGUCAAAGCUCAGGAACACAAGGGUGAAUGUGGACUUCCAGAAGCAGACAGUAGACCCCAUGCAAGUGUCAUUCAACACCCUGGACAGACCCCGGACAGUAGCAGAUCUCCUCCUGACAGUUGAUGUCACUGAGGUGGCCUUAUGUGCCCACACUCUUCUCCUGCAGGUGGUAGAAGUGGGGCACUUCUGGGGGUACAGGAUCGACGAGAGGAACGCAGAGCUGCUGAGACAACUGACUGCUGAGAUAAACCGCCUAGAGCUGGUUCCUCUGCCUAUCCACCCGCAUCCGGACUUAGUCUGCCUGGCACCUUUCACUGAUUACAACAAGGAGAGCUACUUUAGAGCUCAAAUUCUUUAUGUUUCGGGAAAUUCUGCUGAGGUAUUCUUUGUAGACUAUGGGAAUAGGUCUCAUGUAGACCUAGAUCUCCUGAGGGAGAUCCCCUGUCAGCUUUUGGAGCUUCCAUUUCAGGCUUUGGAAUUCAAGAUUUGCAAAAUGCGACCAUCAGCAAAGUCUCUCAUCUGUGGAGAGCACUGGAGUGGAGGCGCCAAUGGGCGGUUUGCCGCCCUGGUCAGCGGCUGCCCUCUCCUGGUGAAGGUGUUCUCCAUUGUACACAGCGUCCUGCACGUGGACGUGUACCGAUACUCGGGCGCCCAGGAUGCCGUCAACAUCAGAGACGUUCUCAUCAGGGAGGGCUAUGCUGAGCUUGCAGAGGAGUCCUAUGAGUCCAAACAAAGCUAUGAAGUCCUCAAGGGUUUCUUUGCUAAGUCAGUGGACACCAUGCCGGAUGGCUCUGUGUCCUCUCCUAUGAAGGACGACGAGAAGCAUCUCAUCCAGAUUCUGUUGGAGAGCUUUGCUUCCAAUCGGCUGGGUGCUCCAAACUGCAAGGCUGUCCUCCACGGGCCUUUUAAUCCUUAUGAGCUGAAGUGUCAUAGUCUGACCAGAAUAUCCAAGUUCAGAUGUGUGUGGAUUGAGAAGGAGAGCAUCAAUUCUGUGGUCAUCAGCGACAGCCCUGCCGACCUGCACCAGAGGAUGCUGGUUGCAGCUUCACUCUCAGUUAACGAGACUGGGUCCACCAUGCUCCUGAGAGAGACUUCCCUGAUGCCUCACAUCCCAGGCCUCCCCGCACUCCUCAGCAUGCUGUUCGCACCGGUGAUGGAGUUAAGAGUUGACCGUGAAGGAAAGUGUUACACUGGGGUGCUUUGUGGUUUGGGGUGGAAUUCAACUACGGAGGCCCCUAUACUGCCAGAGCAUGACAUUGAGCUGGCCUUUGAUGUGUGCUUCAACGUGGAGGACAUCGUUGAGAUUAAUAUUCUCAGGGCUGCUAUCAACAAGCUAGCGUGUGAUGGGCCACAUGGACCCAAGUAUCUUGGGCCUGAGAGAAUUGCUCAGUUGCAGGAGAAUGCACGUCAGAAACUUCUAGGCUUGUUCUGUCGGUUGAAACCACGAGAGAAGAUUACUCCUCAGUGGCAUGAGAAACCCUACGAGUGGAACCAGGUGGACCCAAGGCUGGUCAUCGAGCAGGCUGAGCGGGAGGGCGGCCCAGGGAAGAGCACUUGCCUGUACCAGCUGCACACGCCUGUGGUGCUCAGCCCCUGAGACGCUGGUCCCCAGCUGCCCUCCCUGUGGGCAGUGGCAGAGGUCUCCUGCAGCUGCUUCCUACCCCUGCUACCCUCAGGGGCUUCUCCUUCUUGCUGCCUUUGCUCAGAGUGGAGAGUGGUGCUUCUGUUUGGGUGGGAAAAAUCAGAAAGUCUAAUCUUCUCCAGAAAUGGGGGUCGUGGUAUUAAAUACUUUGCAAAAAGUUGUUCUGAAAGAAGAUUUUGUAUUCUUCUUUAAAUAUAUGAGGGUAAAUCUAAGUAGUCAGUCCCAGAAGAAAAGGUUCCAGAAUGUGUUUGUAUGCCUCUCCUGUCACAGUUUAGCUGUUGUGCAGGAGAGAGCCAGACACAUGUGAACCCCACCCCCAGUGUGUGUGUGCGUGCACAUGUCGGUGCAGGCGUGUGUGUGUGUGUGUGUGUGUGUGUGUGUGUGUGCGCGCGCGCGCGCAUUUUCUGAUGUUCCUUUUUCUUCAUUGAAAAGAUGUGGUUUUGGUAAAACUUGAGCUUUCUGUGUUUGGGACUUGUGGUUAAAUUAAACCUCUUGGCCUGUGUUUUGGAAAUUAGGAGAUGUGACCCGACAACUGGCAUAUCUGCAAGACAAUAAAGGCAUUGACGUUGUGUUCUGA